AUGCCAAAGCCAACGCCAACUAAAGUGAUGCGAUCGCCGCCAGCCACUAGGGCUUCUGGGAGCGCUAUAGUUUCGCCACCAGUAGGAGCAUCGGAUACCGGAAAAUCUUCUACAGAAUAUUUGACUCGUAUGUACGAAAAGAGACUAGCGGCUAUGAUGGCGGAAUUUAAGAAGCAAAUGCAUGCAAUGCAGAACCUUUUCGUUACCAAUAAUCAGCAAACUGAAAGGGAUCAUGCACCACAUGGUACAGCAGAACCUCCAGAAGAAUUGCAGCCAGGACCCACCAUUCACGCAGAGCGAUUUGAGGGAGCUGCGAUUUCGGAGCCGCUACAACCGUUACCUGGGAGUCAAGCACCGCGUGGUAUUUGGUCACAGCCUUCAUCAGCAAUUACGAGCGAUAAUCGACAAUUUCGCCACAAGAAAAUUUAUCCAUUGCCGACGUUUUCCGGUCUGCCUGAGGAGUGGCAAGUGUUUGUAGAAGCCUUUGAAAGCACCACUCGAGACUUCGAAUAUUCGAAUUUGCACCACAUUAUGCGGCUACGAGAUGCGUUAAAGGACAGAGCAAAAGAAACAGUGGAAGCACUCCUCGCGAAUUCUAACAACGUGGCAACAAUAAUGGAGAAAAGGAAUCUACUGGCUGAUUAUUGGAAGCGCUACAAUGACUUCCGUGACGACAUCUCUGCAGCAGACGUUAUUGAAGGCGAAGAGGGCAAGGUUAAGACGACAUUAAGUGAAGCUCGUUUGGCAACAAUAGAAUCGGCAUACUGCGAAGCACUAGGUGAAAUACAUGAUGAAAUCGAAGAAUUUGACAAUCAUGGUAGUGAUAAUCAUCCAGCAACCAUACUCAAUCAUACAUGCGGUGGUUCUACAAAUACAUCAGCGUCAAAGCUUCCGAAGAUUAUUCUGCCAAAAUUCGAUGGCUCGUUUCAAAAAUGGUUAAGUUUUAAAGAUAUGUUUACAACAUGCGUUAUAAAUGAAGCUUGUUUGUCUGAUGUACAACGUCUGCAUUACUUAAAAGGCAGUUUACUAGGUGAAGCCGAAACUCUUCUUCGCAGUAUUAGUAUCCAGGAAAACAAUUUUGCUAUAGCCUGGGAUAUGCUCCAACAACGUUAUGACAAUAAGCGACGCCUUGUCAAGUCUUAUCUGCGCAAUAUUACGAAACUUCCGGCGAUAACCAAUGAGUCAGAUAGCGUCAUGCGAAAACUUUUGGAUACUACCACAGAAUCAGUCCGCGCAUUAAAGCAACUAGGACGGCCAACAGAACACUGGGAUGACUGGCUUGUUCUACUUGUAACCGAGAAGUUAGACCCAGCGACAGUAAACGAGUGGGAAAUGUCUUUGGAAUCUCCGAAUGUGUUACCAGAAUAUACAACUCUGGUGCAGUUUUUGGAAAAACGUAUUCAGGGCAUAGAAGCAGCUUCGUCGGCUUCCAAACCCAAAACUAAAGAACCGUCAUCUAAUAAUAAGUCAACAGCUCUGACUUCCAUUCGCAGUCAUCAGACCAAUGUAGGUCGUUGCCUAUGUUGCUCAGGUAAGCAUGCGUUAAUGUAUUGCGCUGAGUUUAAAAGGAAAGAACCAGCAACAAAGCUUGAAUUAACUUUAAAGUUCAAACUAUGUCAAAAUUGCCUAAAAGCAAAUCACUCUACAAACGAGUGUCAAUCCUCAUACACCUGCCUGAGGUGUUCGCAGAAGAACCACACACUUCUUCACGAUAGCUUAUCGCUUCAACGUAGUAGCGUCGCUGCACUUCAUACGUGUCCAGACCACAGCGUUAACCGACUUACGAGCUAUGCUGAAACCUGCCUUCCAGCUGUUUUGCUGGCUACGGCUUAUAUUAAAGCGCAGUCCUCGACUGGACAGUACAUAAAACUUCGAGCAUUACUCGACAAUGGUUCGCAAGCAUCCUUCAUAAGCGAGUAUGCCGCUCAACAAUUAAGACUUCGUAGGAACCGGUUGCAAAUUCCUAUCACCGGUCUUGGCGGUCACAGCGUUGGUGACUCAAAGGGUAUAGUCACAUACACUCUACGUUCAUUUACAGACCCAGAGUUUAGUGUCAAUUGUUCUGCGCUCAUCCUACCAAGGUUGGGAAAUCUCCUACCUUUGAAGAGAGUCAAUCCAAAGCCCUAUAUCGAACUUCUAGAUCUCACACUAGCAGAUCCUAAUUUCUACGAGCCUUGCUCAAUUGACGUCAUCAUUGGCGCAGACCUCUACGGUCUCUUAGUAAAAGGUGGGAUCAAGCACACUGCCUGCGGUUCGGCCAUAGCACAAAAUACGUAUCUUGGCUGGGUUAUCUACGGACGCAUACCCUGCUCUGCAUCUCCCCAACUAUGUACAACACAUUUCACGGCAACAACCACUGAUGACCUGAGCAGCUUAGUUCAGCAGAUGUGGAAAUUUCAUGAAUUUGAUGAGAUACUACCUCCAUCUAAAAUGACACAAGACGAAUUAUUCUGCGAAGAGUUUUUUAAAGACACUGUUCAGCGAACUAGCUCAGGGCGGUAUCAAAUUCGGUAUCCGUUUAAAGCCGAUUGUGAUCUUACAAAAUUAUCCAACUCGAAAGCUGACGCAAUUAAAUUGUUUCGGUCUCAACAAGCUAGGCUUCGAAAUGACCCUGAAAUGGAUCAUUUGUACACCACGUUCAUGACAGAGUACCUGGCUUUAGGGCACAUGGAGAAGAAAACAUCUCACUAA